AUAAUCUCUCCCUUUCCCCUUUCCCCUUUCUCUCUCUCACACACACUCUUUAACACAUUCCUCGACAACUAAUACAAUUACAACAUUGCGACCACACUUCCAAUUACGGCGCCAUGAUCUCAUUUCUACUCAUUCUCUUCCUAUGGUGCAUCGCUGCUUAUGUCACACGGGGUUAUUGGCUGCCCAAGGUUGAAGAGCUACGGGACCGACUCCGUUACUCUCGACUGCCUUUCUUCCGCUCGGACGAGGACAGCACCUUCGAACAAAGCAUUGAAGAGGGCCUCUCUUCCUCUACCUUUGACUUGCACCAAAACUUACUUGAUGGAGAUGGACGCCAAGGAUUGGAAAAUGCAAAUGAGAUUCGCAGAAUUAUGAAGAAACACCGUUGCAACUUUGACCAGGCUCGCUUGAUUUAUCAGCAAAAUCAGAUGAGGGCUAACGGGAUUGAUCCUCAAACAGGAGUUCCCAUUGACCCAAAGGCUGUCUAUUUUAAAUAACCCAACUAUCCUACUCGCUUCAUUGCGCGGAUACAUCUUCCUUUCUACUUAUGACUAAUGAUAUCCUUCUGUACCAGUGUACCAGUAUGCUCUUUAAAAAAUAAAAAAGCUCAUCAUGU